AUGAUGAGCAGCAGCGUCGGUGAUGAAGCCUGUAAGAAAUUUUGGAGUAAAUUUUCAAAGCAGUGCGAUAAUCGAACAAUGAUGCUGAAUGCUAGCGCUGAUCAAAUUGAAGCUCCGGAUCGUUGCGAUAUUUUGGACGAUUUACCGGAUUUGACAGGCAUGGAUAUUGUCGAAGUGGGGUCUGGAAUUGGGCGCUUUACUGGUGCAUUGGCACAAUCAGCAAGCAGCGUAUUGGCAACAGACUUCAUUGAAGAUUUUGUGGAAACAAAUCAGAAAAGAAAUGCGGAACGAGGAAAUAUAAGCUAUCGCAUCUGCAGUGCGACGGAUUUGAAACUGAAGGAAUCGAGGCAAGUGAACGGCGAAGUUUUUGCAUCAGUUGUGGACUUUGUCUUUACUAACUGGUUGUUGAUGUAUCUCAGCAAUGAGGAGGUGAUCGCAUUCCUGCAAAAAACCCUCGAAUGGCUUCGUCCCAACGGCUACAUGCAUAUUCGCGAAUCCUGCACACAUGCAUCAUCUGGUUCAACGACAGACUCACUGCAUUCCACGCAAGAGGACAAUCCAACUCAAUAUCGUUAUUCGUCUGUUUAUAUGCAACUUUUUCGCAAUAUCCGCUACAAAGACAAGAUGGGGCACCUCUAUGAAUUUGAACUUCUGUGGGCCUCCUCAGUACCAACGUACAUUAUUCCAUUGGAUCAAGUUCUAAUGAAAUACAAACUUCCUCAGCACGCAAAUCUCAUGAUUUGCGAUGGUUGUUUUUUGGGACAUUCAGUUUGCGUCGAUCCGCAACAUAUUGCAAAGGUAUAA